UACACUAAAAUGCUAUUUCUGAACAGGGGUGCACCGACGUGCUUUUUAGACUGACAGACAAGAAAAUAUAAGUAGAGAGACCGACAGCUUGAAGUACUCUCAUGUCAUUUUCAAAGCUGCCAUCAUGUCAAUGCGCAAUUGCGCAGCUGGGUAACCCGGAGCUGUGAGGCCAGUGGCAUGACAAGGGUGCUUGAAAACUACCGCAGCGCCUCACGAGAACCAGCCUCCUGCUGUGACCCCGUUCACAUGAAACAGACUUUGAAAUUUCCUCCUAAUAAUCAGGUGAGCUUUAUUUCUAUGAAUUCCCAACGUGGAGGCUGUUGGAGGGAGCGCUUCGUUUACUGAAGACGUUUGGUGCUAGGGAAGGGUGAAUAUGUGUUGGAUAUGUUGUGACUGCAACUCACGAUGACAGUUUGCAUCAGGACGGUGGAUGCACUCAUCAAAAGUCUGGAUAUUUGAGAGGGGGCAACAUGGACGCAGCGGACUUAGUUGCUUUCGUGUUGGUUUUGGGGAUUAUUGUUGUGUCGCUGCUGUCCAACAUUGUGGUGCUGAUCUGCUUUGUGUACAACCCGGAGAUCCGCAAACAGGUACCCGGUCUUUUUAUUCUCAACUUGACGUUUUGCAACCUGUUGCUAAGCGUGUCCAACAUGCCACUAACUCUGAUCGGGCUCAUCACCACGGGCCACCCCGGAGGCAGCGUCUUCUGUCAGAUUGUGGGUUUCCUCGACACUUUUCUCACCACAAACUCUAUGCUGAGCAUGGCAGCUCUCAGCAUCGAUAGAUGGGUGGCGGUGGUUUUCCCGCUAAGCUAUCACUCAAGAAUACGGCACCGGGACGCAGUGAUAGCACUAGGAUACACGUGGAUACACUCACUUUGCUUCUCCACAGUGGCCACCUGCCGGUCCUGGGUCGGGUACCACCACCUUUACGCAUCGUGCACUCUCUGCAAUGUCAAGGCGAAGGGAGCCAGGACGCAGUUUAUCAUUUUUACCGUGGCUUUGCACUCUCUCACUUUCCUCCUCACGCUUAUCGUGUUGUGUGUAACGUACCUGAAAGUGCUGAAAGUUGCAAGGUUUCACUGUAAACGCAUCGACGUGAUCACUAUGCAGACGUUGGUGCUGCUUGUGGAUAUCCACCCCAGUGUGCGCCAGAAAUGCUUGGAUGAGCAGAAGCGGAGGAGGCUGAGGGCCACCAAGAAGAUCAGUACAUUCAUUGGCACAUUUGUUGUGUGCUUCACCCCUUAUGUCAUCACAAGAAUUGUAGAGCUCUUCUCCCCGUGGCCCAUAAGCCCUUACUGGGGUGUGCUGUCCAAAUGUUUGGCCUACAGCAAGGCAGCGAGCGACCCGUUUGUCUACUCACUGCUGCGUCACCAGUACAGGAAGACCUGCAGCCUUCUGGCUAAUAAAAUCCUCAAGAGGAGUCCUCUCAACUCCACCUCCCUCAGUAUGGAGAACAACACAGGAAGGAGCAACUCCAACACAACCAACAACAUCCAACUACCUACUAACAAGCCACUUGGUCAGUGAAGGUCAUCACUUUCAGAGACAAUUAGAGUACUUUACCAUGCUACAGACGUCUUUGAUUUGACUUCUUACUUUGAGGUUAACACUCAUGAGAACAGGGGUUUAACCUCUGUGAGAUGGUGUUACAUCAGAACAUCAGUGAACAAGCUUGUUACUUAAUUACUUUUUGAAGGACAAGGCUGGCAAUAUCCUAUUUUUUUUUUCCACAUUGUCAACAAAAGACCAUAAUGACACAUGAGCUCUCAGCCCCACUCUCAUUUGUUCCUAGUGAAGACAUAAAUCUUAAAAUAGGUCACAAAAAUACUUUAUUUUCAAAAAGGCUUAAUAAUUUCCUGGCUGCACUGCAGUCCUCUGCAGUAAAAAAGUGCAUUUGUAGGGGGCUACUUCCAGUAGCAGAGUACACGAGUGAAUAUUUACAGCAGCAGACGGUGCACAUGGGAUUAACUCUGAAUAAGAUACAGAGCCUAUCCUAUGUUCAUGGAAAUGAAGGAACAUGUCACCCAGUGCAGCAGUAUGACUCAUAAUUGUGACAGAGAGGAAUAGGCUAUAUCAGGCUUUGACUGCACAGGUCAUAAGGAUCAGUUAAUUGAAGAAUAUAGAAUAUCAUCAGCCUUAUCCUUUGAAGCAGAAUAGACCGUCCACUUUUGUAGGUUGUGUGCGUAGACUGUAAUGGCAUUACGUAUUUCAGUACAAAUAUGAGAAACGAACAGGUUCUAAUGAGAUAAUUUUAAAGCAUACUGAUAGUGAUAGUACAAUCAUAUAGCUUCUGUAAGACUGAUGAAAUGUCAUUAAAGGACCAGUGUGUAGGAUUUAGUGGCACAGGUAGUUGAUUUGAACUCCAUCGCUUCACCAUCUUCUCCUAGCAUGAAGAAGAAUUCAUGGUGGCCUUGUUUAGUUUGUCUGUUCUGGGCUACUGUAGAAACGCGGUGGUUCAAUAUGACGGACUUCAUGGGAGACCUGCAUUGUUUUUUAGAUAUAAAAGUCUAAUUCGAAGGUAACAAAAACAUAAUGAUUUGUGUUUAAAGGUGAUUAUACACGGACAAAAACAUAGUUAUGCAUAUUUUAUUAUAUUUCUGCCAAAUUCUUUAAACAGAGCCCCCUGAAUCUUACACACUGGACCUUUAAAGACAUGAACUGAACAGUAUCCUCAGACUUUAGAACACAGGAGCUUGCAGUCACCUCCCGCGUUGAUUAGAGGGACUAACACUAGACUAAAUCUAAGUAUAAGUAUUGAUAUUAUAGUAUUAUCGGAUGUUGUUAAAGGUUUGGUCAAAUCAGUGAUGUAUUACACAAAAAAGAAAAGAGUAUUCCAUUACCUCACAGUUGUAAAUUAUUUGGUCUACUAAAAUCUGUUACGUGCCACCUGUACUGAAUGGUUGAAUUUCUUCUGACCUCAAUGAUGAUUCUCUGGCUGGAUAAAGUAGUAUAGGUGUUUAUGGGAUAAUAUAAAGUAGAUGAUGUUUUGACAGUGCGGUCAUGUUGUAUGCACAGCAGUGCACUGCAUUGAUGGUUUAAUUGAAAUUACUGUAUGUUGUAGCUGUGAGGCCCGAGUUCUAAAGUGCCUUUUAGACAAUGAGCUCUCUGAUUUAAUCAAAACCCAACAGAGGAAACCUUUCAUAUUCAAUCAUUUGCUUGGUAUUCUGUGCUGUGGUUAAGUAAUGAUAGAGCCUGUUACGCAGUUUGGUCAAAUUGUAAGAAAGUUUUAAGUUUUGUAAUACCACCACAUUGUGUUGUUACAUCAGGAAAAACAGGGUGAAAUAUUAUUUGAAUGUUGUAGCAACUAUUCAGUGAUGUAUUUUUAACAUUCCAGCUCAUGCCGUAUGAGCGUCUGUGUGAAGGCUGGGUUGGAAAAAUGUUUCAUUUUGACAACACUGGCGAAUCAGGAUGUUGUGUUUUUACUUUACUGUGACAGUA